AUGCGGAACACCGCGGAAAUUUUGCCAAGAGCAGUUGACAGGACGGUCGCAGCCGAAGAGGCUACCGCCAUCGAGUGGAAUCGAAGUGGCGCCGAUCGAAGGACCGCCAGUACAAGUUCCGAGAACUCCAGAGCAGUUGGUCUGGAGACACCGCAGUCUAGCCCGACAGCAUCGCAAAGACCGAGCGAUGCAAUGGCGUCUGAUCCACUGACAAGUGAUGAUGAUGACAAUGAUGAAGAUCCCGGCGAGGGCCAAAGAAGUUCUGAAGCAAGCAGCAGGAAAGGAGCAGCGGCAAGGAAAAGAGAUGAAGCAAGUAUGACCUCGGGUGAAGCCGAGGAAGAAGAGCUGGAAGGCACGAGCAAAAGAGAGCUCGAAGGAGCAGCCGCGGAAGAACCUGAAGCAACAAGGCCGAGAGUCGACGAAGGAAGCGGACAAGUUGAAGAAAGACCUGAGAUCCAAAGAGAAGAACCCUCAGGAACGGUGAGAAGGAUAAUGGCCACAAGAAGUGUGCAAGAAGUUGCGUCAUUUCUCAGGAAGGAUUUGCCGAAGUACCAUGAUGACGAAGAGGUAGAGUUGGAGGAGUUUGAAGGACUCGAAGUCGAGUUUGAAGAACCUGAAGAGGAAAGAAGCUCAGAGCUCGGAGAAGACGAAGAGUUUGAGGAAAGCAUGCCAAAGUGGUCAAACAAGUUCGAAGAUGAACCUUCGAAGGUGGACGAAGACGAGCUGACGAAGGUCGACGUUGUGUCAAGAGAGCACGAGAUAAGCCGACUCACAGAGAUGAAAGUCUUGAAGGAAUUGCCAGAAGGCACGAGUGUGAGCAACUACAAGAAGCUAAGAAGCUGUGUGACUGAGUGGUACGUUGAGCUGCAGAUUGGUAAGCCUUGUACCCCUUCCUUGACUCCCGAGAGUUUCCAGCGACGCCAGCUCAUUCGACGGAAGGAGCACCAGGACAAACUGCGAAAGCUUACUUCAGGAUCUGAGAUCAUUGCAUACGGUUGCAAGUUGCUUGAUAGUGAAAAGUCUUUGCUGGCGCCAUUCCUUGACGCUUCCGUGACGAUUUUACUUCAGGAGACCAAGGCCGAGAGUGUUGCGAGAGUUUCUGCUGUUUCUCGCAAGCGCAAGGCGUGCGACGUCUUUCCUGCAUUGCGAAGUGAGGUUUCUGAGGUGAUAGAUUUGGAGCCAAGUGAAAUUGGUUCACCGCAGGCUCCAGGUCCCGAUGCAGGUGGAGUCCUCGUCGCUCCUGCAGACUUGAGAGCCAUGAUCCAAGCCACACAGCAGGCUGCUCAGGCGGCCGCAGAAGCUGCCAAGCGCUCGCAGCCGCCUCUGAUCGAGGAGCACAGUUCUUGGAUUCAGUGGUAUUGGUCGCUUAAACAAUAUCUUUGCGCUUUGGAUGCUGGGUUCAGUUCCGAGCUGAGUUUCAUCGAGAACAAUCCUACUGUGGUGAUUGGUGCAGUUGCCAGUGCUGAGAGUGAGCAGAGGUCAAAGCAACUGUACUCCCUUCUUGCAAGCCUUGUCAAGGGUCGUGGUUUGCAGGUCGUCCAGCGUACCCCUUUGCAGCAUGGGUUUGAAGCGUUGCGCCAGCUAAUCCAGCUGUUCCAACCAUCCUCACGCACUAGGAGCCUUGGAAUCCUGAGUGCCCUGACUUCCAUGAAUCAGUUCCGUGCCGGAGAGCCCCUUCUUCCCCAGGUCCUUGACAUGGAAAGGAUCAUCGAUGAGUAUGAACGCAGCAGUGGGAAGAAGUUGGAUGACGAUUUCAAGUCAUCGAUUUUCUUGAAGUCUUUGAGUGGCAACAUGAGGAAUCAUCUUGCAACGAUCCUGACCGAAGAUGUGACGUAUGACACUUUGCGUGAAUCUGCGUUGCGUUUUGAGCGCAUGAACACCCGUUGGGAUCACAAGAACCUGUUUCAGGGCGACAGCUUGUUCGCGUCUAAGAGCCGAGGCAAUGAGCAACAGCCUGUGCCCAUGGAGGCAAAGGUCAGCAAGGUAGUGGUUCGUGGGGUUCACAGGCAUGUGAACCGUGUUGAGAUCGACAUGACCGCCUUGUUGCAUCAGUCACCUAUGCCCUCUUCCGACUCCACCGAACACUGCUUGCGUGCUGUUCAGCGCUGUGACCUGCCUGACUCAGACUUUCUUGAUGUCGUCAGAAGUUUGCACCGAAUCCCAGGUUAUGAGCCCCCAUUGCCCAACCUUGUGCCGGUUGCUGUCGAAGUUCCCAUGCCACAUGUUCCUCACUUUGACAUGUCGUACUCAGAUGAGGACACUGCUUGGACGUUUUGUGACGUCGACGAUUGCUUGAAGGUGCAUGCCGUGCAAUGGGAUGCUGAUGCCACGCCCUGUGGCCAGGACAUAACCAGGGUGGAUGACCCUGAGCCUUCCUUUGAGCCUGAACGCAUGUGGCACAUCAUCACGAUUGGGUCCACUGAGCCCCUGAGUGUGGACACGUUGUUCCGUCGUGUUUCCCCGCCAGCUCGUCCAAGCCGUGAUUUCAGUGGUGAUGAUGCUGAGUCAGAGGCAGGCCUGCCUGGCCUACCUCCCGAGCUUGAUGGCGAGGCUCUUGACGAUGAAGAUGCUCAAGGGCCUGAACCUGAGGAUGAGGGAGCUGGUGUUGUGAGCCCUGCCGAGUUGGCCGCUGAGCCCGAGCCUGGGCACCUUGUGGUUGAGGGUGUUGAACUGCACCUCGGGUGCACGUUGGCAACUCUACGUGCAGCAUGCAGCGUUCUUGGAAUCGGCCGCAGCGGCGGCAAGGCCACCGUUCUUGAAAGGAUCGGCAACUACCUUGCACGCCAACGGUUACUUGAAAGGCAUGCUGUCCAGGAUGAUCCGGUUGCCCGCGCCCAGCUUCCUAUUGAACAGACUCCCGUGGUUGCCCCUAGCGAAGAAGAGCUUCGACGACACAUGUUGUCUCACAUACCAUACCAGCCUUACUGCCCCCAUUGCGUUGCCUACCAGGCGAGGUCAGACCGUCAUGUGCGUCAUCGAGCCGACACACGUACCUGCAGCACCCUUAGCUUCGACUUUUGCUACACUGAGCGUGCCACUGGUGAAGCUGGAAGCAAGCUAAUCUGUCUUGUGCUCAGGGACAGCCAUACGGGUGCUGUUUGUGCCAUACCCACGCCUUCGAAAGGUGGGUCAGUGGUGUCCCGUUUCCAAGUUGCUGAGAUCUGCAAGUUUCUCAACUUUUGCGGUCACGAAGAGGUCACCCUUCGCUCCGAUCCCGAGCCCGUGUGUCUCGCUCUCCAGCAAAGUGUCAAAGACCUGAGAGCCAAACUUCGCCUGGCUACACAUCUUGAGCAGAUUGAAACUGCAGACCAUCAGGAAAACUUGGUGUAUCUGACUUACACUUUGGUGUUUCCCCUGGCGGGGCAGGCACGCAUGCAGCGUACACCCGCCAUAGCGGACACAGUACACACAUCUGAUCCCAGCCAGUCAGAGGGUGCUCUCGAGGCUGAGGCGAAAGGUCCUGCAGAGCCAGGUGGAGUGUUGCCUUAUCCUGGCUACCUGCUUCCUGAUGAAACGCCUCUCAGCGAGCUUGUCCCACCUUCGGCUUUGAUCGCAAGCGGCACACCUGAGCCGCCAACUCCGAACCUGCACAGGGUUGCAGAUGGCGGUGGUGAUGGGCCAGGCGGGGAUGCUUUGCAAACAGCGCUCAAGCGUGCCAGGCUGAGGCUUGAUGCAGUUCAGUUUGGCGGUGAGGAGUUUUAUCACCUAGAUGAUGAGCCAAUGAAUCUUGAUUUCGGAGACGAAGUGCUGUGUGAACUUGAUGCUUACGAUCAGGCGCUUGACCAGUCGCUUGAUUCCUUUGCAGAUGAAGUAUCCACUUCCGAUGAGAUCCCCGCAUGCUUGAUUCACGAGUUUUCAGAGCUUGAGCCCGAGUUAACACCGGAAGGCCUAGCCGAGGUCGACCGGGUUGCUAUGCUGUAUGAGGUUCGAAGGCUUGUUGGCAUCGACGUCAUUGAGGAGGUCUCAGGGCCACAGGUUGAUCAUCGCAAGCUUUCCACACGGUUCGUGUGCACGUGGAGGCCGAAGGAGAUCAACGGGCGACUUUGCUGGCUCAGAAGAGCCCGUCUCGUUGCGCGAGAGUUCGCGUUUCUCGACCCGGGGCGCGAGGACCUGUACUCGCCAGCUUCAAGUUCGCUUCAGAGCAGAGUGAUCCCUUCGCUGUUCAUGAGCAACCGAGGUCAAGGCUGGUGCAUGUGCAGCCUUGAUGUUUCUGAUGCCUACUUCAAUUGUCUUCAGGGCGAGCCGACCUGCACUUCCGUGAGGAUCGGGGAUCAGGUUGUGUGGUUUCGUUUGCUCCGGUGCCUGCCUGGGCAGCGCGACGGAUCAGCGCGGUGGUUUUCAAAGUUCAGCGAGACUUUGCAGACUGAAGCCGGGGCAGAGCUGAUGCCCGAAUUGCCGUCUUUGUUCCGCCUCACCGACGGCAGUGGCAAACCGCAUGCAGCGGGCCUCAUCCAUGUUGAUGACAUGCUGAGCACCGGAAGGAGAAUGGCCUUGGAAGGCAUGAUCGAGAAGUUGAAAGGCCAGUUUCAACUGCGGGUUGAGUGGAUCUGCAACACAGGAGAUGAAAUCCAGUUCCUAAAGAAACGCCAUUUUCUUUUGUCUGAACAUGAAUUGAUCAUUCAGGUCAAUGGCAAGCACCUCAGCAAGUUGCGAGACCUCACGGGGAACCCGAAGGUUCGGAAGUCCCCUUUACCUUCAGGAAGAUGCGAGACUGAUGGCCCGAGCUUGGAACCUGAGCGUGCCGGUCUGUACCGGCAGGCAGUCGGUGUGCUGUUGUACUUGCAGGCUGACAUGCCCGAGUCACAGUUUGCAAUUCGGCUCCUGUCGACAUGCAUGUCGAACCCGACUGUGCCAGCCUGGGCAUUGCUUCGACACUUGGUUGGCUAUUUGACACAUACGAGUGGGCACUGCAUCUGUCUUGAAGCCGGUGAAGUCGGCGCAAUGUAUGCUUUUCUGUCCCCUGACCGAACUGGCAGUCCGCACAUCCUGGUGGAUAACUCUGCCGCGCGAGCAGUCUGCCAGCGCAGCGGAGUGGGUCGAAUCCGGCAUCUCGAUGCCAAGCUUCUUUGGAUACAGGCCAAGGUAGCUGCCAAUUCCUUGAGGAUCCAUGCUGUGGAGACAAAUCUAAAUGUCUCCGACAUAGGCACUAAGGUGCUGUCGGUGCAGCGUGUGCGAUUCCUUCUUGGGAUGCUCAACGUACGCGACUCAUCACAAGAUUUCCAGGUGGUCGGACAAGAACAGCUUGAUGUGCUUGAGAACACAAAGGCUGUACGUGCGGCAUGCAAGCAACUUCGAGGAUAUGCUAAGCGAGACAAGACUGGCGAUGCCGCUAGAAUCUUGAGUGUUGUGCUGUGUGCCAUGCAGGCGCGUGAUGCACUCGGCGCUGACACCCCCGGAUCAGAUGAGCCCAAUGUUCCAGACGCCUUGAGCCAGGGCGACGACAACGAAUCCUUGCUUGUGCGUGUGCUUCGUUGUAUCGUGCAGGUGUGGUUUUUGAUCGCUGAGAUGUACGAUCAGCAUCCAGUGCCCUUCAUGAUCUUUUGCCAGACCGUGUUUCUUGCAUUGCUCAUGAUGUGCUUCUGUUGCCGCUGUCGCGGCACCACCACUGAUGCAGAGGUUCCCAAGGUGGUUGUUGUGGUUUCUGCUAGUCCCGAACCUGCCGGCCCUAGUUCCUCUACAACCCCUAAUGCACCGCUUGUACAUGCUGAAAGCACGGUGACUUCAGAUCCUCAGCCAGAAACUUGCACCGAGGCUGCAUCCAGCAGCUCACAGCUUCCUGCACCAGCGCCUAAACGGCGCCCAACAGCUGUGCCGCCACCUGCAGAAGACAACAUCAACCAGGUCCGUGAUCGUCUUCACGCUUGGAUGUAUGAGAACAUCGUAGUACCUUCAGUGCAUGAUGCACAGUACCCAGUCCAUGGUGCUGCUAUGCCAAAGCGACAGCUGAGACGCCGUCGACCUGUCCUUGAGGUGAAUCCCGAAUCACGGGUGUAUGUGACGCUACGCCGUGGACAUUGCUUUCACCUACGCAGAUCAUGCACAGGUUUGAAUCAAGCAGAUGAGAUCGAAAGGAUUUUUCUAGCUGAAGCUCGACGUCGUGGAAAGGUGCCGUGCAACACAUGUGCCCGUCACUUGGCGACGCCCUAA